AUGAAUCCCAAAUACCUCCUCUUUCUUCCCCUCGGGCUUGUUUGCGCCAACCCACUUGAGGUCCGCGGCAAGAAUAAUGGUUGCCCUUCCGCAAAUGGCGGGUGCAGCGGCACAUGCAUUCACACCGGAAACGGUGACUUUUGUCGCACUCAGUCAAAGGACGCGACAUAUGAUUUCCCCUGUGGUAGGAUAUUUAACGGCAAUGGUCUGUCUCCUACUGACUGCGGGGGAAAGUCUGGUGCAUCCUGUACUGCAUAUGGAGAUGCAGAGACCUUCUGUCCUUACUGGGCUUAG